AUGUCGAGCCCGGUAACAGGAGCCAUUCCCGCUAACCCCUCUCCUGAAGUCAAGCUGAUCAUCGCCUGGAUGACCGCACUCUGCGAUGGCGAUUUUGACAAACUUGCGACCCUUGUAACCGAGGAUUUUGUUCAUUAUGUUCAUCCAAGUUCACUCGGUUUCCCAAAACGUAACAAGACGGAGUGGCUCCAAUUCAACAAAGAUGGCUUUGAUAUCUUCAAGAACUUCAAGAUUACCGUUCACGAAAUCGUUGAGGGUCAGAGCGCUGUCGUUGUUCAUGCCUCGUCAAACGCAACUACAUCAACUGGAUAUCCAUACGCGAAUGAAUAUUCGCUCUUUUUUCACCUUACCGCAGAAACCGACGGAAGUUACACAAUCGAUCAACUCAAGGAAUUCAUGGACUCUCAGUAUGCUGUCGAAUUCUUUCUUGCGGAGAAAAAGAGGCAAGAAGCAGCUGGAAACAAAGUAGUCUGGUGAAGAGCAAUGAUGCGGUCUGUGAACGAAACAGGCAACGAAAUAGAGUGUCAAUGUAUCUCCUGGAGGACUUCUGUCGAAGGCCUCGCCGACUUGAAUUGCCACUUCAAUGGAUCAAGAAUCACUUCCACCCGAGGCAAUAUAAUACAAGAUAUGAGCAGUCAGAAUAAAAAUAUCAUGACCGAAUAUCACCGCGAUAAUGAAAACCG